AUGUCCACAACAAGUACUCUUCUAUUUCUCUCCACUGUCUUUUGGUUUACACUUCUCAACGAAGAUGGUGCAAAAGCUCGUUCCCUUCUUGAGGAUAAACCAAAUCUUUAUGAGGCCAUAUUUACCACCAAUCAAGAUUUUGAGAGUCCGAAAAAUUUUGAUGAUAAAAAUCCUCGAAAGCCAUUACUUUUUGACGAAAAAGAUGUGGUAGUUUUGGGUGACAAGAAUUUUAGUGAUUUCGUUAACAAGAAUCGGCAUGUGAUGGUGCAAUUCUAUGCAACAUGGUGCUACUGGAGUCUUAAGUUGGCACCAGAAUACUCUGCUGCUGCUACCCUAUUGAAAGGUGAGGCUGUGCUUGCAAAAGUUGAAGCUACAGAAGAAAAGGAGUUGGUAUCGAAGUAUCAAAUUCAGGGUUAUCCUACUGUGCAUUUAUUUGUUGAUGGAAUUCUAAAGGAUUCCUAUUAUGGUGAAAGGACCAGAGAUGCUAUUGCAACUUGGAUGAGGCAGAAAACCGGCCUCGUGGUUCAAACUGUAUCAACAACAGAGGGGGCUCAAGGGAUAUUGAGUACUAAUUCUGUGAUUGUAAUGAGAUUCCUCGACACUUCAAAGGGUCCAGAUACUAAGGAGCUUGCUGCUGCUUCAAAACUGCAAGUUGAUGUCAAUUUCUAUCAAAUUGAUAAUGUUGAUGUUGCGAGGUUUCUCGGCGUUGACCCACAAAUCAAACGUCCGGCUUUAAUCAUGCUAAGAAGGGAAGUCGUAAAACAUAUCCAUAGUGGUUUUGAUGAUGAAAUCACCAGAUCAGCAAUAUCUGACUUUGCAUCGGUGAAUAAACAUCCUUUGGUGAUCACUUUCACAGAAAAAUACUCUUCACAUAUUUUUAAAAAUUCUAUGAAACAGUUGUGGCUUUUUGCCCCCAAAAAUUCAUUGAAGCUGAUAUCCACAUUUGCAAAGGCAGCAAAAGCUUUCAGAGAAAAGCUUCUAUUUGUCUAUGUGGAAACUGAUGAUUUAGAUGCUGGACUUGGAGCAAACCUUGCUUAUCGAUUUGAACUGCCUGAAGGUUCUCUAAGAAUUGUAGCUUACAUGGCUAAUCGGGUUAAGUACCAAUAUCAUGACGAGUUGACCUUUGGUGGUAUUAAGUCAUUUGCAGAAGAGUUUCUGGAAGAUAAGAUUUCAUUUCCAUCAGUUCCAAGUUCAAAGACAGUUCGUAAACUUCCGUCAGAUUCUCAGAACUCUAAUUUAUCUUUCAUUGCAAAUGCCUAG